AUGCCGUGGGUGAGGAGGAUGCACCAUCGGAAGAGCAUACAGCCUUGUCCAAAUAGUCAGCGUGACAGGCUGUACUUGAAGCCUUACCAUUUCAAGUUCCGACCUACAACUGUUCAAGUUUUCUACGUUUUCCGAUUUCAAUUCCUUCCAAUGUCAACUAUUAACGACAAUGCGCCAUCGACCGAGAAUGUCGCCACUGUUCCAGGUGGGGCUGGUGGGAGUUUAGGCGCCAUUGGAUCCUCCCCGCCGGCCGGCACCGCCAAAACCGGCGCCGCGGUUUUAGAAACGGUGGUGAUGAAUGCCAUAGAAAAGGUAUCCGAGAAGCGCCGCCGGGACGAUCAGGCUGCUCUAGAGCAGGCUGAUGACAUCAGUGCGGACUUCAUGGCCAAUGAGCAGAAGGCGCCAAGGGAUUGGCCAUCCUACCUCGAUGCUUGCUGCUACGUGAAGGCCGCCGAGUGGACCGACCAGCUUCAGCUUCGUGCCCAGAUCGGCAUCGAGGCCACACACCAGCUCGCUUCGGAGCUCCGUGUAGGUCUGACAGCCGCAGACCACUGCUUUAACAAUAUCAUUGGCACAAGGAUCCCCAAAGGUGAGAAAGCGGAAGCCCUCAUGCGGAAGCAGAAAGACUGGGCCUUGCGGACGGCAGAAUGCUGUGUAAGGCCCGAGGCAGAGGUGCAAUUCUCGACAAAAAUCGUCCAAACCACGCCGUUCAGCACCAUCAGGUUAGCCAAUCCACAGCCACCAGAACCAGUUAAGGGAGACAGUAACACAGAACCACUGUCUUGUCCGGUCACCAUGGUGACAUGGGACCAGCCUAUUGAAUUGGAGGUUCCCGUUCACUACUGCGUAACCUGCCGGAAGCAGUUCAGCAUCUGA